GGUGGGCGAAAAUGGCGGACCUAUCUUCAAUUCUCUCCGUCUCCCCCACCACUACUCUGAAAUACGGACGUUUUCUCAUCGAGUGACACCUGGUGCCGCUCAGGUGUUACCAGGUGUCACUUUUCACCCUUAUGUAGUGCAUGUAGUUUCGAGGGUGUUUAUUCACUCUUUCAAUAUCAGGAAUGACGGAAGCGGGAGGACGAAUGGAUUGUUUGUUUACAUUCUUGUGGUGGUCAUCAGAGGUUAUGUGAAUGUUAUGAUGGGUAUUGAUAAUAUAAAAACAAUAAUGCGCGCAAGCAGACUUGUAUUAAACGAACAUUUAAUCUGUGACUUUCCUCGUAAACCAUAUAUUUUUAUAUUGAAAUGAUAAUCCGCCAAAAAUAUGUCCUUUACUGUAGAUGUGGAGGACGUACGAAUUCAUCUGGAACAACUUAUGAAUGAGGUACUUUUUUCGUGAAAAUUACUUUGCACAUUUUAAAUAAGCAGUAGGUGUAAUUCGGCACAUUUACAUGAUUUAGUUUGGUUAUUUGUGAUGUUAAAAUUUAUUUAUUUCUUACUGUGUUUGAAAGAUUUUUAAAUAAUAUAUUUCUGUUUCAAAAGACCUCAAUCAGAAGAAGUAUUCGGCAACAAAUUGAGACCCUACUUGAAAGAAACAAGACCCACAAAAAGAGAAUCAAUAUUGAGAACAGAGUUCUGAAAAACUUAAGGAGCCAGGGAGUAUUUGAUAAAAUUAUUGAUCAUUUGACCAGCAAUGAGAGCCCUAAUGAAAAAUCAGAGUGUAUAAAGGAUUGCAAAAGUGAAAUUUAUGAUAAAAAACCAGUAGCCGCAACUACAAAUUUUGAAAAGAAAUGCAAAGAAAAUUCUGCCCUGCCCCAAGAAGGUCUCGAACCUUACAGCUCACAAAAUGAUAUAUAUGUUUCUUUAAAAAAAUCAGAAUCAUUGUGUAGUGCAAACACAAAUGAUAGUAAAGGAGAAAAGUCUUCAAAUUCUGCUUCUUCAGCAUCAAAAAAGAAAAAGAAAUGUGAGAAAGGAAAUAAAAAAAAAGAUGAAAUAGAAAUAGUAUUAAAGCCUCCUGAUGUGGUGGACACAAAACAUUCUUUACAUUAUAACAUUUCAGAAAAAGAAACUACAAAAUCUUCAAGAAUAAAAAAUAAAGGAUCAGACAAUGUUCAACAGAAAAGGAAAUCUGAAGAAACAUUAUCCCAAAUUAUUGAAACUCAGAAUCAUUCUCGUUCUACUGAAGAUGAGAUUACUGAAGCAAACAUACGUGAUCAUAAAAAAGAUGGUGUUCAUGUGAAUAUAAACCCUCGAAGGCGACAUUUACAUUUUGAAAUACUACAAGGGAGAGCCUUUCUUGAUCACUUGUUGGAGGAAUCUUUCUCAAUGUUUGUAUUAUUUUUAAAUUUUCGAGGGCAACGAUUUUGGACCCAGCCUGUUACUUGUAAAUCUCAUCCAAAUUUUGAUGCAGGAUUUUUAUAUGAACUGCAUGAUGAUGACUUAGAUGAAACUCAAAUGGCUCGUGCAUCACAUCUCUUAAAUAUAAAUGAAAAAAUUCACAUUGUGUUGGUAAGAAUAUUGCCAAGUGGGGAAAAAGUUUUGGUCUCUUCUCAUCAUUUCGAAUGGCGUCAAAUUUUGUUUGCCCAGGAAUCACUCGGAACAUUCUCUAUUGAUCUAUUGGGCGUAGGAGCAGAAAGCAAUAUCGUUGUAGGGGUGAUUGAUGUUCGUAUCACUCUUAUUCCAAAGCUACUACAACCACUCACAGAAAAAACAGUAUUGUCUAGAAUUAGAUUUCAAAAUAGAAAUCAAGAAGAACAAGACAGAAUUUUUUUACUGUAUGCAAAAACAUGGUGGAAAGAAUAUCUUUCUCUUCGACCUGAACAUUCUCGAAGAACUGUUAAACUUUUUCAUCAAGAUGAAAAUGGGCAAAACAGACCAGUCUUCCAUUUUGUUCAGUGUCUGAAAGUGGGUAGACCUCUUUUAGAACUACCUCAGGAGGCUGCAUGGUUUGUAUCCUUAAUCCACCUUCAGCCACCUUCUCUGAUGGGAGCUUUGCCUGUGGUUGAACAAUGGUACAUUCCACAUACGUUUCUCUGCAUUAAAAAAGGAGGGCCUGCAAACCAUGCCACUCUGCUAUGCAGUUUAUUUUUGGGGUUUGGUCUUGAUGCUUAUGUUUGCAUUGGUACGAAGGAUGGUAAUAUUCCUUGGGAGUGGGUUGUGACGAUUAGCAAAGAUAAUUAUGCUCCCUUCUGGGAAAGUACUACUGGUUCACGGUAUGGACAUGACCCACAAUUACCGACCGACCCCUACAAAUACUUGUAUCCUUAUAAAACAAUAGGGUGUUUGUUUAAUCACAAAAGUUUUUAUGCAAACAUACAGGAAAGUGAUAAAGUAAAAUUAUGCAUUUUUAAUGUGGCCAAUAAAAGGUUGUGGAAGAAUUUAUCAGAAGCAGCAAUAUCAUCAGUGGUUCAGAAUCUGAAUUUAUUUCUAAUGCCUGGUUGGACUGAGCCAUUUAUUUAUAGUCAAGAAAUGGAAACAGAGUUGCGAGCAAGAAUAACAGAGUACAGACAGAACAUUGGCGUGUCUACUCGCUGGGACAUAGAUCUUUGCCACAUCAUUGCCCCUGUACUUGCUUUGUAUGAAAUGGAACAUCGAAUGGGGCUUGUGCUUAGGAAAGAAGAAAUAGACGACUUGAUUAGUAAAAAUAUUCCAGACGGGUUUUCUUUCAGAGCUCUGCCGAUGAGGGUGUCAUUGGUAGAUAAGAAGCAAGUUUUAGGAGUUUGUCUUCGGAAUGCAGUAAUGGAGAGCAUUGUCACAUGUUCUGAAAUGGGUUGCAAACUGGCACUUAGAGUUCACACAUAUGUUUAUCCUGAGAAUAUAUUAUCAAUUUGGCUAAUAGUUGCAAAUAAAUUCAGGUCAGAAUAGUUGUGAUUGUAAUUGUAAAUUUUGAAAAUGGAAAGAUUUUUUUAUUAUGUUCAAUCAUCAUCUCCAAAGUUCUCAAUUUUACUUUGUUUUUAUAAUGCUUGAAGGCAAUUUCACUAGUCCUGCACCCUUAGUACCGAACCAGUUUUAGAAGAUGAAUGCUAUCAGCAAUACAAACAACACAAACACGUCUUGACUCCAUUCAACUAUUAAAUCUCAAAAGGGAUACACAUUAAUAUUCAACAAGAAUGCAAUGUAUGAAAACAAUAGCUCAAAAUUUCAAUUCUUACUUAUUGCUUCAGAGUGAGUUAUUUUGUAUAAUCUUCAAUAUUUGCAAGUGAAGAGUCGAAGAUCAGUCUAAAAGAGUGCUCUCGUGGCUCAGUGGCAUAGUUGCUUUCACCACUGAGGUUCUGGGUUAGAUUCCCAUAGAACCUCAUGUGAAAUUUGUUACAACAAAACUAGUUUGCUUGCUUCACAGGGGCUAGUCCAACCCCUGUGAUGUGUCCUAAUCCCUACCCUAUCCUAAUUCCUUCUGUCCGCUGGACGCUGGAGCUGUGGGUAAUGACGUGUGGUAGGAGGCACGUACGCGGAGAUGCUACUUGUCGGUCCUCUUGAAAACUGAUGAGAAUGACAUGACAAUAGUAAUAGAGGAUUACUCCUAAUAAGUACACGAAAUUAUUGGAGGAUUGCUCCAAACGCAAUCUGCUCAACGGCCCCCAAAUAGCUUGGAGAUGCGUUGCGUCUAUGUAGUCAUAACAAAUUAAAAAGAGGUGAUAAAGAUUUACAAAGAGCCCUCUCCUUGUAAGAAGCUACAAAGCUAGAAAUGUCAGAGGAAAAAACAUUACUGUUGCUUUUCAAGAAUCCAUUGAGGUGAGUGCUGAUUUACAACAAUAAAAUAUUUGAACAAGUUCAUCUCUUUGUAUUCUGGAAUGACAGAUUUUGAAGAGCGGAGGAGGAACUGACUUGUUUUAACUACGUAUGCAAAUCAAUAAAAAUAAAGCACAAAACAUUUUGAAAUUUAACAAGACUAAUGGAACCAAAUGGUUAUGUGAAGGGGAAUUUUGGACUGAGUAUU